AUGUCGACUACACUCACCAAAGAAGAAACCACCCCCGCCGUCGUCAGGGCUUUUGACGAUACGGCACACAGUGAGCUGCAGUAUGCAUACUCCGCGUACCUCCCCGUCUACGACACUACCACAACUUUCCCACCCACCGAACCUUUCGACCACCAAGAUCGGGGUCUAAGUGCAGACAAAUCCAAGCCGCACCUCUUUCAAACCGGGGACCCAAGCGUGUCCAUCACGAAGCUAACACCCCGUGUUGGCUCCGAAGUACGUGGCCUCCAGCUCUCGCAGCUCUCAGACGUCCAGAAAGACGAACUCGCCCUCCUUAUUGCAGAGAGAGGCGUCGUGGUCUUUCGAGACCAAGACUUUAAGGAUAUUGGACCCGGGAAGCAAAAGGAGUUUGCUGGUUAUUUUGGAAGGUUGCAUGUGCACCCCGUCGGUGCACACGUCAAAGAUCAUAUCGAGUUCCACAACAUCUAUCUCGGCGCUGACAACCUCUACCGUCUGCAGACGCGGUCAACAAAGCUCACCACAACGGGAUACCACUCGGACGUGUCCUACGAGCACCAGCCCCCUGGCGUGACAUUGUUGACUCUACUCAGCGUGCCAUCUUCAGGUGGUGAUACAGCCUGGGUAUCCCAGGUUGCGGCGUAUGAGCGAUUGUCCGAUCCGAUCAAGAAACUGCUUGAGGGGCUGCGGGCUGAACAUAGUGGAUUCCCGCAGGCAGAGAGGGCAAGGGCUGACGGGAAGUUUGUGAGACGCGAGCCAGUGAAGUCGGAACAUCCGGUCGUUCGGGUCCACCCGGUCACCGGCGAGAAAGCGCUCUUCGUCAACUCCGGCUUCACGAAGAGGAUUAUUGGCUUGAAGGAUGAGGAAUCGGAUGCAAUCCUGCAGCUAUUAUUCAAGCACAUCUCUCUCUCCCAAGACAUUCAAGUCCGCGUCAAGUGGGACGACAGGACUGUCUCGCUGUGGGAUAAUCGGGUCACUGCGCAUACGGCCAUCUCGGACUAUGACACCUCAACUGAUGGCCUACGACAUGGAAUUAGAUUGACUACAUUAGGAGAGAAGCCAGUUGGGCUAGAUGGUUUGGAGACAGUGUGGUAG